AUGUCGAGGAAAUUUGUCUCUCGGCGGUCAGGUGUGGCUGUUCAUUUCGAGCAACAUCUACGACCUGCACUGAACGAAUCUCUGAGUCCUCAGACUCGAAUACUUUUUCACCAUUUCUCCGAAUGCAUAGCGCCCAUUAUGGUGGUGCUCGACUCCAUCAGCAACGGCUACAGAGACAUCAUUAUACCCCUCGCCUGCCAGGACGAGUGUCUUGGUCGAGCCGUCUCAGUCGUCGCAUCAUUCCAUUUGGCCGAAAGGAUACCGGAAAUGCGACAAGCUGCUGAGGCAGACUACCAAGCCAUUAUUGAGAAACUGCGACACGACUCAAUGCAGCUGCAGUCUGGCCAAGUCUUUAACCCAUUCACACUAGCGACGAUUCUAGUCCUUCUAGUCGGCGAGACAAUCACUGGAGCUGAUAACUAUGGCUAUCUCUUGGAAAUGUUGGCCUGCUUGAUCCAAUCUCCUGGAACUAUAGAAGCGUUGCCGCUGGUACUGAAAGAGUUCUUUUGGCAGCAGGUCAAGAUGUUCCAGCUUUUUGGAAUACCUCUAACCAAUGAAGCGAAAGGCGUUGAGAUCUUCACUAGACCUCCGGAUUAUUACCUCGAAUUCAUGGCAUAUCCUGAACUCACUGCAGAGUCAGAGCACUACAACAAUGUGAAUCUGAUAAGAGCCGCAAUCUUAGACGCCGGUAGAAUAUAUCGGCGUCGCGUCGAGUCCUCACUCCACCAAUACGAAUCAAUCCACCUCGUGGAGCAACUGCGACAGAACGUGCUUGGAUUGGGGAUGCAUGUCAAGGGUGUUCAUGCAUUGGUCUGGACCUACUUCAUUGGAGCGGCUGAAAGUAUCUUGCCGGAGCAUCGCGAGUUUUUCACGGAGCGGCUGAAUGAUCUGUAUGAUUACACUGGGUUUGGGUUUGGAAGUAUCCCGGCUGGCUUGGAGGCUCUGAGGACUGUGUGGGCGAAACAGGCUUUUCGGAGGUGGACCGACGUGGUGAUCAAUGAUACUCCGAUACUAGUUAUGUAA